AUGUACAUCUACCCACCUGCAAGUCCUAAAUCAUUUGUUUCACUUUCCGACAAAGUCAGCAACAUCGAGAACGGUGCAUUCAUCUCAUGCAGUCACUUAACAUCUAUCCUUAUUCCAGACAACUCAGUUGUUAACAUCGGUCACAGUGCAUUCAUGGGCUGCACCCAUCUUCGUCAUCUCACCAUUCCUCUUUGUGUUCAAAGCAUUGGCGAGAAUGCAUUUUCAGGUUGUGACUCACUUGUUUGUGUUGAAUUUGAGAACAAAAGUUCAACAUUCAAAACACUUCUUGUUUCACGCGGCACGAAACCCAAAUGUCUCAUUCCAUGUGGUUUGAUCACAUGCAAUGCACACUUUAAUUUCUUUUCUAACAGUAUUUCUAUUUUAUCUCUUUCUGUAUUUAUUUUGAUAUGA